AAGUAAGUAGGGUGGCUACUAUCUUUUUUAUCCCUUCUUCUGUUCUGUCCUUUCUCGGCAGAUAUAAAACUAACAGCCAACAAACCGAUAAUUCAGUUGUACCUCCGAAAAUGUCCGAGCUACAUAAAUUCAAUAAAAAGUCCAGCAAUUUUAGUAUCGCACAUAUUCUUGCUGAUAAAACAACAGAAUCUACUCCUCCACUAUGGAGUAUUCAUUUGAUCAAAAUGAAUUUAAUACAAGACAAACUUCUACGUGUUAAUUAUAAUAAUAACUCAAGUAUUGACCAAAGCAAUUAUAAUAAUUUAGUUAAUAGUGAAGUUUACACAUCUUCAUCAAAUGAACGUAUUCAACCUAUUAAUAAACAACAAUGUGAAGAAUUGUUCCAUGAUAAAAGAAAAAUAGUGUCUCGGAGUGAUUUUUCAUGGCUUCAGUGCACUAGAUAUCAACCUCCAAAAAUACCAAAAAGAACAUUCAACAACAGAGCUUGUAAAAGAAAACCUGCUACACAUCCUAGAAUUCCUUUUACUUCAUUUCAACUUGAAGUUCUUGAAGAGAAAUAUCGAAACAAUGCCUAUCUUUCAAAGAAAGACGUUCAUCAUUUAGCUACUAUUUUAAGAUUACCUCACAACAGAAUAAAAAUAUGGUUUCAAAAUCGACGAGCCAGAGAUAGAAAAGAAAUCAAAUUGAACAGUUUGCGAAAAGCAUAAGAGUCUAAAAAUA